AUGGACAAAACUAUGAUGUUUCCGGUGGAGAAGUACACAGCCGGUUGGAUAUGUGCCAAACAAGUGGAAGUUGGCGUCGCAUAUCGUAUGCUGGAUAAGUCUUUCGAAACCCCUGAGAAUAUUGCGGAUAGCGACAAUAAUCAGUACAGAUGUGGUCGCAUCCGCAACCACUUCGUUGUCAUUGGCCAUCUGCCUCCUGGCGUUAAAGGAAGCAGCUCAGCUGCGACGGUCGCUCAAGACAUGAGAAGAACCUUUCCUCGGCUGAAAUUCGUCCUCAUGGUAGGGAUCGGUGGCGGCGUUCCAACACGAAGAGAUAUCCGUCUCGGUGAUGUUGUCGUCAGUGUGCCGGAGGGUCUAGAUGGGGGCGUUGUAUCAUACGACGUUGGGAAACGGCUGUCGCAAGGAGUUUUUCAGCUGGCAGGGCACUUGAACAAACCUCCGAAAAAUCUACUGAGUGCUAUUACCACGAUCCAACAAGCGCUGGACGACCCUAGCGAGACAGAUGAGGUCUCCGCGCAUCUUGGGCGAAUACACGGUAUGGACGGAUACGAGCGUCCUGCCGUGGAUCGGCUGUUUGAUAGUGAUUACGAGCACCAAGGAGAGGAAGAAGAUCGUUGCGUCAAGUGCGACCGGGAGCGGUUGCGAAAGCGUGAUCCUCGCAAGAGUCAGCGGCAAAUCACCGUCCACCAAGGAAGGAUUGCCUCCGGAAACUCAGUUAUGCGAGAUGCAAAAGCGAGGGAUGAAUAUGCAAGAAACUGCGACAUCCUGUGUUUUGAGAUGGAAGCUGCUGGUCUAAUGGAUAAUGUUCCAUGUCUCGUCAUUCGGGGUAUUUCGGAUUAUUGUGACUCGCACAAGAGUGAUGAGUGGCACAAGUACGCGGCACUUGUUGCUGCAGCAUAUGCGAGACAGCUGCUUUUGGUUCUGAGGGCAGAUGGGCGGAAUGAUCUGCCGUCUUGGGAGAAUCAAACAGGGGAUGGUGAGGACAGAAGUUCAAGAUAUCUUCUCGAAAGGUUUCUGAACACCUCGAAAAGAGAGACCGAAGAAGAGCGCAACUUGAUACUCGAUUGGCUGACCACAUUGGAUCAUAGUGGCAGGCAGAAUGAUCACCUCCGGCGACGAAAGCCUCGCACCUUCGAAUGGUUUAUUGCCGAUUCAAGAUUCCAGAUAUGGCUCCGUACGGAGAAACGAACUUUAUUCUGCUGGGGCAGCCCUGGGGCAGGGAAGACGACGUUGAGCUCCGUGGUCGUCGAUCACCUGCGCAGCCAAUACGCAGAGAGUUCAAAUGUCGGCAUCGCAUACAUAUACUGCAGUUUUCAAGAAGAGAAAACGGUCGAAGAUAUGCUCGCAUGUCUACUGAAGCAACUGGUUUUUAACAGAAGUCCGCUGUCUGAGGCGGUUAAAUCUCUCUAUGACAACCAUACCAGGUGGCGCACACGGCCUACACCUCAAGAGCUUUCCGACACCCUGCUUGCCGAAGUUCAGCUACUCGCAAGAGUUUUCAUAGUUGUUGAUGCCUUGGAUGAGUGCUUGCCGUUCAACACGUCCUUGAAAGCAUUAUUGUCGGAGUUAUUCAGCAUCCAGGCUCGAGGAAAUAUAAAUCUCUUCACCACCUCCAGACCUCUCAUGCAGAUCUCAUGUCUUUUCCACCCAAGUGCGUCACUAGAGUUCCGUGCAAGCGAGGACGAUCUACGUAUAUAUGUGGAAAGCGCAAUGGGAGAUCUUCGGAAGGUUGUUCACAACAACACAGAGUUGCAAGAGAAGAUUAAGCAGACGAUACCGAAGGCUGCGGACGGAAUCUUUCUCCUUGCCGAGUUGUAUUUUGGGUCGUUAAGCGACAAGAUAUGUGCCAACGACAUUGAGUUUGAGCUCAUGGACUUCGAGGAACAGGGUCGGGAUUGUGGGGAGGAUAAAGCCGAGGUGCUCGACAACUACUACGGCCGAGUAAUGAAUAGAAUUGAGCGGCAAAAGCCAGGACUCAGAACUUUGGCAAUGAAAGUACUUUCUUGGCUCACGCAUGCGAGGCGGCCUCUUGCCAUAUCGGAAGUUUGUGAAGCACUUGCUACGAAACCCGGAAAAUCCGAGCUGAAUAUUGGCGACUUCCCAACGUUGGAAGACAUAAUAUCCACGUGCGCCGGACUCGUUGUGGUUGAUGCAAGGGGCAUUAUAAUACGUCUCAUCCACUACACGGCGCAGCAGUAUUUGUCUAGAAAGCAGUGCUUUUCGACUUCUGAGUCGGAUAUUGCGAAAACUUGCCUCACAUACCUGAUGUUUGCAGCUUUCGAAAGCGGCCACUGUAUAAGUAAUGAGGAGCUCAAGCAGCGAUUGGAGUCCAACCGUUUCUAUGGAUAUGCUACCCGAAACUGGGGUUAUCACGCUCAGCGUGCCGGCGGCAGUUUGCAACUCUCUCAAGCAAUCACCCGGUUCCUCCAAGACGACGCAAAAGUUGAGGCAUCCGUCCAGGUACUCUUCACUGAUUUGCAGCACCCGAGACAGCAUGGGUAUAGUGAAAGUGUUCCACGGGGAUUCACUGGUCUGCACCUGGUGGCAUUACUUGGCGUGACAAGCAUUGCUCCCGAAAUACUCAGUAGGAAUCGCCUGAAUGCCAGAGACAGCCGGGGCAGAACACCAUUAUUAUAUGCCGUUGAGAAAGGUCACAUCGAAUUCGUCACGCUUCUGCUUAAUAACGGCGCUGAUAUCGAUUCAAGAGACAGCACUGGCUGGACACCACUAUUGAUGGCGGCCUUGCGGAGAUGGGACGACAUAGCUGAUCUGCUAGUUGCCCGAGGGGCCAAGUACAACUUGGAAAUAGGCUGCCAAGGUCACACGCCGCUUACGUAUGCGGCAUCGAUUGGUAACGAACAGUUCGUCAAGAUCCUCCUGAGUAAAGGGGCCAAUCCCGACGGGAAGGAUCCUGCACAUAAACGAACGCCGCUGAUCUGGGCCGCGAAGAACGGACAUCUCGCGGUAGUGAGAUUGCUCCUUGACAAAAAGGUGAAUCUGGGAGCAAGCGACCAUGAUUUGGGCCAGACUGCUCUUAUGUGGGCAUCUAAGGAGGGACAUAUUCCCGUCGUUGACCUCCUCCAGGAGAGAGGAGCCAAUUUUCCGGCGACGGAUAGCGAUGUGGCCUGA